ACCCACUUCUGCCCUUGUUUUGUCUCCUCCGCUUAUAGAAGCACUUAGUGCAUUUCCUCUGUCUCCUCUGCUGCAGCUCUUCUACGGCUGAAAUGCACUUACACUUUUAUCUCAAAUUUAAUUUGUGUGCAUAAUUUAUUGGACACUGAUGUUCCGCAGGAGUGCCUGGACUGGAACGUUGGGACUGUGUGCAUACAGUACAGCAGAAGCCCUGUUAGCUCCACCUGUCUGAAAUCCUCAUGAAGAGGAGGAACCCUGAGGUGCUGAUGGACCGGGAGGUUCUGCUGGAUCUGGACUACGCCAGUGAGGCUCAUGCUCCAGACAGUUAUGGGAGCCUGCAAAAUGGGGGCUUCAUCCCUCCCAGAUAUUUGAAUACAGCAGCCAAUGAUGACGAUGACCCCAUAUACGUCCAUUGUGAACGGACCGCAAGUCCACCUGUUCACCAUACAGGCAACUACUUCAGAGAUGGCCAAACCAAAAUAGACUUCGUGCUGGUGUGGGAGGUAAAGGUUCGCCGUAAGCGCAGAAGUCGAGGACAAGCAGAGGCGUCCGAGGGGGCAGCAGAACCAGCACAAGAGGAGAGCAGGUCAGAGAGAAGGAAAGCUCAGCUGGCCCGAUGGAGAGACAAAUUUAUCCUGAACCUUCAGACUGCUGGACUGUUGAUGGAAAAGGAGGAAUCCUCCAGUGUAAAGAAGACUAUCCACUAUCUGAAGCUUCAUGCUCCGUGGGACGUACUGGUGUACUAUGCUGAGGAGUUGUGUUUAAGAGCUCCUCUACAGGCACAGCCGCAUCCAGACUUCAAUACUUCUGCUCGAGUUCUUCAGAAGCUCUGGGUGCCGAACAUCAUGAAAGACUCUGUCCCCAACCGUCCUGUUGACUACUACACGUGUGCCUUCCGCAAGUCCAAAAUGGAAAAGUUUCUGGGCUCUGAUGACCGUGAAAACUACUUCACCAGUACACAAAGACACCGCAUUGUGUAUGAAAUCCUAGCUAGGACUGCGUAUGGCAGAAGGAAGCGUGCAGAAGUUGGAGUGGCUCGUCUGCUGAGAGAUGGGGCUUUUACUGGUGCAUUCCCUCUGCAUGAGGGCCCCUUUGAGCUCCCAAGCUGUGACACCCAGCCUGACCAGCUGAACAAGAGGCAGGUUUUGUAUCACUAUUGGGCCAGCUGGUUAAAAUGGUGCAAGUACCAGCCUUUGGAUCACAUUCGUGAAUAUUUUGGAGAGAAGAUUGCACUUUAUUUUGCAUGGUUGGGAUUUUACACCGCCUGGCUUCUGCCUGCUGCAUUGGUUGGCACGUGUGUCUUUGUUUCUGGUAUUUUGACAAUGGGAUCCAAUACUCCAGCGAAGGAAAUCUGUGAAAGCGGAGGACUUUAUCUAAUGUGUCCUCUGUGUGAAACCUGUAAACCCUGGAAUAUGUCCGACAUCUGUCCCAUGGCCAAGGUUGGUUAUCUGUUUGAUCAUCCUGGGACGGUCUUCUUCAGUGUGUUCAUGUCUUUGUGGGCUGUCACGUUCCUGGAGUACUGGAAACGCAAGAAUGCCACUCUCGCUCACCACUGGGACUGCAUGGAUUUCCACGAGGACGAGGAACCUCCACGUCCCGAGUUUGCUGCAAUGGCCCCUGCGAUGGAGGAGAACCCAGUGACAGGAGUGAAAGAGCCCUACUUCCCUGAAAAAGCCCGGAUUUCCCGCAUGCUGACGGGCUCUAUGGUCAUUGUUAUAAUGCUGUGUGUAGUGAUGAUCUUCUUGGUCACAGUCAUCAUAUACCGCAGUAUAGUGAGCGUAAUGAUGUUCGAAACUGGCAGUUCUGUUCUGCGUACUCAGGCUGGGAAUAUUGCCAACAUAUCCAGCACUUUGGUGAACCUGGCUCUGAUCUUGCUGAUGGGGCAGGUCUACACAGCGCUGGCAGAACAGCUCACUAAAUGGGAGAUGCACAGGACACAAACACAGUACGAAGAUGCCUUUACAUUCAAAGUCUUCAUCUUUCAGUUUGUCAACUUUUACUCAUCACCUUUCUAUGUGGCCUUCUUCAAGGGCAGAUUUGUGGGCUAUCCUGGUCAUUACGGUACAUUGUUUGGAAUGCGGAAUGAGGAUUGUGGACCAGGAGGCUGUCUGAUUGAGCUGGCCGAGCAGCUCUGCAUCAUCAUGGUGGGAAAACAACUCAUCAACAACAUUCAGGAGUUUGUCAUCCCUAAAAUAAAAGCUUGGAGACAGAAACGGGCCUUGGCGUCCGUGAAGAAAGCCCAGAAGACACAAGAACCUGAGCGCUGGGAGCAAGACUAUGAGUUGAUUCCCUGCGAGGGACUAUUUGAUGAAUAUCUGGAGAUUGUCCUGCAGUUUGGCUUCAUCACUAUCUUUGUGGCGGCGUUUCCUCUGGCUCCACUGUUUGCGCUGCUGAACAACUGGGUGGAAGUGAGGCUGGAUGCUCAUAAGUUUGUAUGUGAAUACCGGCGACCAGUGGCAGAGCGAGCACAGCACAUCGGCGUCUGGUUCAUCAUAUUGGAGGCGCUGUCCCACGUGUCGGUCAUAGUCAAUGCAUUCCUCAUUGCGUUCACCUCUGAUUUUCUGCCCCGUCUGCUGUACCAGUACAAGUUCAACAAUGACCUCCAUGGUUAUGUCAACUUCACGCUGGCUUAUUCUCCACCGAGUUACAAUCACUCCAGUCAUACUGUGUGCAGGUAUAAAGCAUUCCGGGAUGAAAAUGGAAAAUAUAAGCUGGUAUACUGGGAGCUUCUGGCUGUAAGACUGGGAUUUAUCAUCGCCUUUGAGCAUGUAGUGUUCUUUGUUCUGCGUGUGAUCGACUGGAUGGUUCCUGAUAUCCCUGAGUCUCUGCAGCUGAAGAUCAAGCGUGAGCGUUACCUGGCUAAACAAGCUCUGGCUGAUAAUCAGGAGGCCUUGCUGCAAGCGAAGCGUCUCGCUACAUGAGACUGACCUGCUGCGCAUGAGUUUCUCCAGAAGGGGGCGCUAGAAAAACACUCUCAGAACUGACUGUUUUGAACAAGAAAAGGAAAAGAAAUGCUGCUGGACUGAAUUUUGGCUUGCGUUUUGUGCCGGUUGAUGGUGUGAGGGUGUUUGUAAGCAUGCAUUUCACAAUGUAGAGGUGUAUGCCAAACUCUGUUUACUAUCACCUCUACUGUAACCAACGGCUGUUUACAUCUGACUUCCUCUGGCUCCAACUAUAGUAAUACUUGUGUUCAGCUGCACAUCUCACUCUCUCUGGCCUCCCGAUAAAUGAUAUAUUCCUAUUUAGAGUUAGUGGGAGGACAGGGAGGUUUGCUUUUCUACAUUAAUACUAAAGUAUAUAUUUGUACUACUGACAAAGGGAGAAUUGUGAAAGACGGCAAAUGCUCUAGAAGCCUAUUGUACAAUAUGUGUUGGUGUGAAAUGCUUGUCAGAGUAAUACCUUAAUAUAUUUGCGUUUGUCAUGUCUGUCUCUGGGCUGUUUAAGGUAUUAUGUUUUAAAAUAAAGCUAGUUUCAAUAACUGUUAAAAAAAAGCAUUUAAAUGUUUACAUGCUGCAGGACAGGAUUUAAAAAAAUGAUUUAGGCACAAAUGAAGAACUCAAUCAUUUUAAAACACUUGGUCUUGCUUUAUUCUGUGAACACAAAGGAGACAAGUUGAGAAGUGUUCACAGUGUUCUCUUCUAUGAUGAAAAGAAUGAAUUCUAUAGAUGAAUUAUAUUAUAAAUGAAAGGGGAUGGUGACUUGACUAGG